AUGGCAGACAUUACAUCCGGCCCUACCAUCCCUAUUCCGGAAACCGACUACCUUUCCUACAUUUUCGAGGGUCCCUACGAUGAAAAGAAAGCAUGGCCAUCGACAAAGCCUAUCCUGGUAUCUACUGAGGCGUCAGACCCUUCUUACACCAUCGACGACAUCAAAGACUUCGUCAAGCGCCUAGGAUGCGGUCUUCAUCAUAUCGGAGCACGAGGAAGGCGCGUCAUGCUCUAUGGCGAGGCAAAUAUUCAUUUCCCCCUCGCCCUCCUGGGAGCAAUGGCAGCAGGUUCUGCGUGCGCUGUUAUCCCGCCUUCGUCUGUACACCACAUCACAUUCUAUCUGCGACAAAUGGAGGCCGGAUUCAUUCUUUGCAGUCUCAAUGACGUAACGCGAGCGCGCGACGCCGCUCGUCAAGUGGGGAUCUCUCCGGGGCAUAUCUUUGUCGUGGAUAGAUCGGUGUCCGAUGUCGGCUUCACCAAUGAGCAACAGGUACGGCAUUGGAGCUGGCUUCUCAAUGUCCCCGGAGGGAGUGAGUACGUCUGGCCACGUCUUCGGGCGGAGAGCAAAGAGGCCGAAGCGAUCCUGCUAUGUACCUCAGGAACAACAGGAAAUCCUAAGCUGGCAGUCCGGACACAUUAUAACCUCGUUGCCAAUGCGGAGUCUGUGUUAUACAACCGCAGUCGCGAGUUGAAAAAUGUGAGAGAUACGCUAUUCUGCACUUUCAAAUUCUAUGGGGUAGGAUUCAUCACACACGCCGUGCUGCUAUCACUUAAAGCACGCACCAGGUCCAUUUUCAUGCCCACGUUUAACCUGCAAACAUGGUUUCUGACAGUACACCGAUUCCGUCCUACCUUUUUGAUGAUUCCAAAGCAUGUUUUGAAUGAACUGGUGAUGUACAAGAAUGAAGAUAAACCUGAUCUUUCCAGUGUGAAGUGUGUUGUCACCGGAGCAGCAACAAUUUCUUUGGCAUUGCGUAAAGCUUGGGCUGAAAAAUAUGGACAUCCUCUCUUCUCCGUGCUAGGAAUGACCGAACUUGGAUUCGUCACUGGGGAGGAACUUGGCUUACCUCUGAAGAAUGAUACCGUCGGGAAGCUGCUACCUAACGUACAAGUAAAGAUUGUUGACGGCAAAGGCCAAUCUCUUGAGCGAGGUCAGCAGGGAGAGCUAUGGUAUUCGUAUCCUGGAACCAUGAAAUGCUAUUGCAACGAACCUGAGAAGACGGCCCUUGCCGUAACGGCGGAUGGUUGGCUAAAGUCCGGCGAUAUUUGCUCUAUUGAUGCAAAGGGCUAUGUGUACGUUGUUGGGCGAUCUAAGGAUAUGUUCAAAUUGAACGGGUCGGACAUCUCUGGUGCGCAAAUAGAAGGGGGCAUUAUACUUCAUCCGGAUGUGAAGGAGGCUAGUGUUGUUCCUGUCACACUUCCCGGUGAAGAAGAACCAGCUCCCUACGGGUUCAUCGUGAAAAAGCCCGGAUCCAAGCUCACCGUCGACGACUUUAUGCAGUGGACGGCACAGGAGCUAACCGCAAAUAUGAAGUUGUACGGCGGUGUCUCAUUCAUCAGCGCACUUCCUUUAUCUACUUCUGGGAAUACGAAGACGGAUCAGCAAGCUCUGAAGAAGAUGGCACAAGCGAAAGUUGAUGCUCGAUAUCAAUCUAAGAAGGAUUUUUAUAUGCGACCAAAUAAUUAA